AGACGCAAUCGCGCAUGCGCGACGUGUCGGGCAUCGGCAAUAUAUGUAAGCGGCGCAACACUCGCAACUAUGUGUUGCUACCACGCGACGAGAGAUGCUGUUCCUAACCUUAGUGACGAUGGUGCUGCUAGCUAGCAGCUCUGCGAGAGACCUUCGAACAAAACGCAAGGUGGGACAACAACUGUGCUAUCCUGGCAUGACCGUGUCAAACUUUCGAACGGUAUCCUGUUCUGUAGACCCCUGCGUGUCCUCUCCGGGCGUGGAGUACGUCUUCGAAGCGGAAGUGACGUUCGACAAGCCAUCGCAGAAUCUAACCGCAGUGGUAACUCACAUGGCGACCAUUGACGGCUUGCUGGAAUUUCUCUUUGGAGACGUUUAUGAUGCAUGUAAAUAUUUCUCAUGUCCUGUUGCUGCCAACACGCCACAAGUCGUCAACGUUACUUACAUCGUUCCGGAUAUGGAUAUAGUCCUCACUACCCCGGAGGAAGUGUUAGUCGUGUACGACCUCCGAAACGAAGAAGAAAUAGUGGGAUGCGUUUACUUCUUUAUGGACUACGUUCCCAAAACUGCUCCUCUUCUGGGAUCGACUCCAUGAUGACGCCGCCGUCAAAGUGACUACGGAGAUUACGACGACGUAUUGUGAAUCAAGGACGCCAAAGGGCGCCUACCAUAAUCUGAUAAGGAAUGGCGACAGUGCUGAUGACCCACGAGUAUUGUUCAUGAUGCUAAUCUGCUCGUAAUGAGAACUAUCUAUAUAACAGUCAAGAAAUAAAAUUGCUUCUUGCUGUCAAA